GUGGCGGCGGCUUCGAAAGCGGCCUAGGACGCCAGCCCGCAGCUUCCCGACCACCCACCUUCGGCCGCCACCUGGGUUGCAAAGACGCCUCUCUCCGAGCUCGCCCCAGAGACUCUGUCGCCCGGACUCUGACCCUGCCACCUGGGCCAAGGCCGAGGCCCUGGUGACCCCUAGAGUCGGGGUCUGCCCGGCCAAGCCGCGGCCGGAGACUGCCGGCCGUCGCCAUGGCAUGCAGUCUGCAGAAGCUGUUUGCUGUGGAAGAGGAGUUUGAAGAUGAGGAUUUUUUGUCAGCUGUGGAGGAUGCAGAGAACCAGUCUGCUGGCUCACGGCCUGUGAAUGCUGGGUGCCUGAGACCUGUCUCUUCCCGGCCACAGGAGGCCCAGCUCCUGCCAUGCCCCACUGCUCCUUCAGAGGCUGCGGGCCUGCCAGCCCUGGGACUCCGCCUUUCUACCUCCGGCAUGCCCAGGGCCGUUGGGGGUCCACCUUCCACAGGAGCAGCUCCUCUAAGGCCUGUCUCAAUGUCCAGUAGCUGGACUCGCAAUCAGGGAAGAGUGACACUGACAGAAGUGCUCAGUGAGACCCCAGUAAGACCCCAGUCCUCAGUCUCCCACCCCCAGCUCACCUUCAGGAGCAAACAGCAGGUGAUUGGUGGCUUUGAGGGGCCUGAACAAGAUGAAUUUGAUAAGGUCCUGGCAAGCAUGGAGCUGGAGGGCCCCGGCAUGGAGCUGGAAUUUGGAGUUAGCGGUGAGGCCACAGGAAUCCUGCCCACCUGGCGGUGGGAGGACGCAACAUUGGCUAAAAAGGCCCGGGCAGCUGAUCUGAGCAGACCUUGCCAAAAGGGGCCCAUGCCUGCAACCCACAUAACUGGUAUCCCGUCAGCCCGGGAUGCGACCCCGGAUCCUGUUGUCCGCUGUGGGACUCCACAGUCCCGCUUGAGGCCUGGUGCCACGGGUAACCUUCCUGUCCCAACUGCCUCAGUGGUUCGCGGUCAGCAACCCCAUUGGGAAGUCUCUCCCGAUGGUCCCCCUCCUCAAGCACCCCAGCCUCUCCAAGCUGCUGGCAGGCUCAUUCAGAGCAGCCCUCAAAAUCACUUCCCUGGUCAGCCAUUCCAGUCUCCAAAUGCCUGCUUAACUGGCAAACCUCAUUUUCUUACACCACGAACUCCCAACUCAAGCUGUGCUACUCCCUCAAGGACUAUCUCUGGAUUAUUUCCUCGGGGGCCCUUCCGGCCCCGAGCUCCAGCGUCUUCUGUCGAGUCUCCUGUCAGCACCCUGAAGGGCCCCCGUCCUUCCCCAGUCCCUCAAGCUGCUCUGCAGACGCCCAUCGUCACGAACCACCUGGUGCGGCUGGUCACUGCUGCCAACCGGACACCCCAGCAGUCCACCUGCACCUCCACCCGCGCCAAAACGCGCCGCUUCCCCGGCCCAGCAGGGCUCCUGCCUCACCAGCACAGUGGGAAAAAUCUGGACGACAUCAUGGUUUCCACGCCCCAGACUCCGACUCAUGGUGCUCGGGCUAAAUUCCGGACAGAGAUUGUUACUAGUUCCCAGGCAUCGGUGGAGGAGGACUUUGGGCGAGGGCCCUGGCUGACCAUGAAAUGUGCUCUGGGCCUGGAUGAGAGAGACCCUACCUGUUUCCUCUGUACCUACAGCAUCAUCAUGGUGCUGCGGAAGGCAGCCCUGAAGCAGCUACCCAGGAACAAAGUCCCCAACAUGGCAGUGAUGAUCAAGUCCCUGACUCGGAGCACAGUGGACGCCAGUGCGGUUUUCAAGGACCCCACGGGAGAGAUGCAGGGCACGGUGCACAGGUUGCUGCUGGAGACACGCCAGAAUGAGCUGAAGCCUGGCUCAGUGCUGCUGCUAAAGCAGAUCGGAGUGUUCUCUCCUUCACUCCGAAAUCACUACCUCAACGUGACGCCCAACAACCUGGUCCACGUUUAUAGCCCAGAUUCUGGGGAUGGGAACUUCCUCAAGCCAUCUCAGCCCUUCCCCAAGGUGGCAGUACAGAGAACAGACAGCUACAGAUGGUCAGGUGAGCCAGCACUUGCUCUGCAUCUUCCCUCCUGGUUUCCACCUCUGCUAGGUGAGGGGGCGCCGGCCCAGAACUCCUUUGGGAACCAAGGGAGGCUGGGUUCCAGGCAGCUCCACUCCAGGGUGAGGGUGCAGGGCCCGGCCUUGACUUGACACACAGUGUCCCGUCUGUGGCCACCCCCACCUUCCUGGGAUCCUGGGUUGUCGUCAUGACCUGGCCUGGGGAUCAGGAGACCUAGGUUAUGGCCCUGCUCUGCUGGAAAUUUGUAACAUGACCUUGGGCAAGUCCUGUCCCCUCCCCUGCUGUUACUUUGUCUAUAAAAUGAGUGGGUUAGACUCGAUGACAUCUAGUCAAGUUACAUGUUUAGUUCUAACUUGCUGCUUCUCAUCUUUCUCCCUAACCUUCUUCAUUCUCUCAAUAUCACCCCACUUCUAAAAACAGCAUCUUGAUUUCCAUUUUUUUUUUUUUAAUUAUUUUUUUGGCUGCGUUGGAUCUUCGUUGCUGCGCAUGGCUUUCUCUAGUUGUGGCGAGCGGGGGCUACUCUUCACUGCAGUGCGCAGGCUUCUCAUUGCAGUGGCUUCUAGUUGCGGAGCGUGGGCUCUAGGGCACACGGGCUUCAGUAGUUGCAGCGCGUGGGCUCAGUAGUUGUGGCUUGCAGGCUCAGUAGUUGUGGCGCAUGGGCUUAGUUGCUCCACGGCAUGUGGGAUCUUCCCGGACUGGGGCUUGAACCUGUGUCCCCUGCAUUGGCAGGUGGAUUCUUAACCACUGCGCCACCAGAGAAGUCCCAUCUUGAUUUCCUUUUAAAUUUCAAGUCACCCCAGGAAUUCCCUGGUUGUCCAGUGGUUAGGACUCUGUGCUUCCACUGCAGGGGGCAUGGGUUUGAUGCCUG